GACGCGAUUCUCGGAGGCGUGCGAAGAAUGGUGCGACGCUGAGCGAACCGCAUUUCAAGAGUACGAGCUCCUUCGCGGAUUCUACCGGGAGCUGGAUACACCCAUCUUCUCCGGAUCAACUCCAUCUACCGUAGUCGAGUACAAUGCAGUCGAACCCGGUUCUGGUGCGCAGCGCGACUCCAGGUUCCGCCAUCAAGUCAGCGGUAUAUCCAUUGUUCCCCUCGACUUUCGCCUCAAUGCAGAAUCAGGGAACGUUCUUAGAUCAUCUCGAUGCACAUUGCGACAUAAACGCUCACCGAUCCGGCAAGUGUGGAAACUGUUUCGCACUACCAGCGGUACACGGCGACACGUCAACUUGAAGAAAUGGCCCUCAGUGCCGCAACGGCUAUGGUCUACCGAAUGAUAUCCGGUCGAUUUUGCUACCAUCUGAUGUGCUGCAUUGCUACGUCAGCUUAUGUAGCCUGGCUUGUGCGUGAUUUGAUCACACAAUCAUGUACGGCAGUUCGCGCUGUCUCAUUCUACAAGUAGAACUGUUCCUUCGAAUGCAAGUUGGCGCAAUCGCUUCGCUUCUCGACACGUCGAUGUGAUCCCAGCCGUGAUCCUGCCUAGCUUCCAAACUCCAUGCAUUCUCAUGAGCGUUGCACCCGACGCUUUCACCCAGUCGCCGCUGAAAGCGCCGCGGCCCGCUCGGUCCCAGAACCAAUCACAUCAGCCGCGUCAGUGAUCAGUACUUGUCGGCACUGUUCCGGCUCGAUCAUGUGGACUGGUUCACAACUCUCGAGUUCGGUCCUGUUAUCACCGAUUUCCCUGUUACUCACCAUUACUUACGCCACUUCUCAUGUCGCUGAGAGUUCCCCUCCCGAGGAUGCUCAAGUUCAACAGAUGGCCCCACGCUCGCCAAGCCCCGAGUCAAAGCGCCGUCUCAUCAUGACAAUGACUCUGAGCGCCUCCCGAUCUCUCCAUAUAUUGGCGCACGCUUCCUCAACUGCAACAGACUGCGGAGCUGUUAUAGAUUGCCUCCAAAUGCGAGGAUCGGGCCGGAAAUUUUCUAGUUCAUCGCCCUGCUGCCACGGAUCUGGCGGGCGGGAUCUGAGCCUUGUUGAGG